AAGCGCCGCGUCUGUAUGGUGAUGAAAAGCAAAAAAUGGAACAUGAGUUGAAGUUCAUAUCGCAAACUUUGAGUGCUGGUCUACACGAGCACAUCAGCAUCACGUUUUCCAACGCAUACCUUGAGGAUGAGCAUUCGUAAGUACACCUGUUGCCCUGAAUGCCUUUUUCCCACAAUCUAUUAUAUCCCAGCGCUUCUCGCUCCGAACUAGUAGAUCGAACGAGCCACAUUAAUUACGACCGGCAACUCGACAUCCAUUCCAAGGUUCAAGAGAUAAAGGUGCUUAAGGCAAAACUCGAUGCGACAGAGGAUGAGGACGAACAACGAGCACUGGAAGAGGAUAUCACGGGAAGGAUCCUGUGGCUUUGUUGGUGUGGGAUCUGUGCAGAAGUGGACCAAUUGUUACCCAUGGUUGUAGGUUAUAUUCAGAGAGAAGGAAAUAUCGCGGCUUUAUAUGAAAUCUACCAAAUUAUGACGUCGCGAAAGUAUGCAGAACCAGACGACAAUCAAGCUCACUUUCAGAGGGUCAUGCUUGAUGCAGGAGCAGGCACAUCGAAACAUCAACUGUUGCUUGCUGCCCGUGCUGCAGAGCAAGCCAAGUGGUCAGAUACGAACAAGGACAUCCCCACUAUUGAUACCCGAGGUAGCGCCCCGAGUACAAGCUUUCACGCCUCCUCCCUAUCUAGCGAAUAUGGAUACAUAUUGUACGACUGAUGUGGUCGACACGCAGAUGGAAUCGUCCAAGGGGUGGUUGCAAGCGCCUCGCCUGUAGUACCGUCUA